AUGGCUGAGGUCCUAGUCAGUGCUGUCGUGGGUGGGCUAAUUGAGAACCUAUUCUCUGCUGCCUUGAUGAAUUUUGCACAAUCUCAAGGAAUCGAUUCUCAGCUGGAAGAGUGGAAGAAAACUUUACCCUUGUUCCAAGCUGUACUUGCCGAUGCAGGCCAAAAGGAAAUAACAAUUCAAGCUGUUAAGUUAUGGCUGAACGAACUCCAGGAGUUGGCGUACGACAUUGACGAUGUACUUGAUGAUAUCGCAACUGAAGUCAUGAAGCAAGACCUUAAAACAUCUCAAGCCAGCACCAGCACCAGAAAUUAG